CUCUUUAUAUAUGUUCGCAACAAAUUCCGGGAAAGCUCGCACGCCAACGAUCCCCUUCGUAUAACCUGCACGCGUCGGCGCAGUCCCUUUCCACCGUUUCGAAUUCCGGAGUUUGUUGAUGAAUCGAUCUCGCUCGCCCGCCAUGGAAGAACAAGAAGAAGUAGAAUCGCUUUCUGAUCACGAGGAGGAGGAGGAAGCGCUUGUCGGUGAAUUGGGAGAGCUCGACAUAGGCCGGAGAGAAGGCGAUCCCGAACCCGAGUCGGCCCACGUCGAGAGCCGACCGAGCCUGGACGAGGUGGAGGGGAUCUUGCGGUACGAGUUCGGCGACAAGAGGCUGCUCGAGGAAGCCCUCACCCAUUAUUCGUUCGCCGACAAGACGUUCUGCUACGAGAGGCUGGAGUACGUCGGCGACUCGGUGCUCAAUCUCCUGUUCGCCAAGGAGCAGUACUUCCGGUACCCGGACUUGCCGCCCGGGUCGCUGACCCGGCUCCGGGCCGCCAACGUGGACACCGAGAAGCUCGCGCGCGUCGCGAUCAAGCACGGGUUACAUCGCUAUCUGCGUCAUAGGAAGCCUGUUUUCGAGGAACAAAUUCAAGAAUUCAAAAGAGCGAUUCUAGAUUAUCCAGUGCAUUCAAGUGGGCUAAUCGACGUGCCCAAGGCUCUAGCCGAUAUUGUUGAAUCAACCAUCGGUGCCGUCUUCGUUGAUUGCAAUUUCUCACUGGACACUGUGUGGAAGGUAUUUAAAAGCUUGUUGGAGCCAAUAAUUAGUCCUUCAGCGCUCAAACUGCAUCCAGUCACCGAGCUAUACGAAUUGUGCCAGAAGAAGAGCUUGAAGUUGAGAUUUGUGGAUUUGUGGAGUGAAAGCUCAAGUUUCAUUGUAUUCGUGAACGAUCAGCUUGUGGGAAGAGGCACGUACAAAGCCAAGAAGGACAUUGCGCUCAAUAGAGCAGCCAAAGAUGCUGUAGAGAACAUUGGAAGAUUCCUUGGCGAGGGAGAAAAAACCUAUGAAGAUGAUAGUGAUUUGAAAAAACUAAAAAGAUGUAAUGAAUUGUGAUGAUAAAAGCAAUCUAUUUGAACUCGAUA